UGGGGACACGGACGGGAGCGCCUGGCUCCGGCUCGUCCCGGCUGUACGCGAGGCGCCCGCAGCCCGGCCGGGGCGCGGCGCAGCGACCCACGCGGCUGCGCCAACUUUCCGUGGAGUUUGAGCCUCGUGCAUUCGGUUGCUGGCUGACUAAGAAAAUGAAACUUUCUGAUGGCCUAGAUUUUGGCGGGGAGUCUGGAAGCAAGUGGAUGACUUUACCUCACAGAGAUCUUCAGAGCACUCUUCUUUAUGCCUUAUCACAAUCUUUCUGAGGCCUAAAUACAGGGAAUACUACAAAAGACAGUGUGUCCCCUGAGAAAAGAAGACCCAGCUGUUGGAUUUCCUGAAGGGGUGAAAGGUUAUCUAUCUGAGGACACAUUUCAGGAAAAGUUUCCCCGGGUUUGUUUAUUUUUGAGCAGGGAAGAACCCAGGAAGAUUGGCUGUCCAGGAAUUAUUGUCCCAGACACUUGAUUCAUUUCAUAAUCUUGUUUUCCUGCCUGACUGGAUCUUGGAAACCGUCUCCAUUCCUUUACAUUUAAGAGCAUUUUUUUUCUUUUGUGGAACUGAGACCUGGGAAUGCUUUAUUAUGGCAGCAGUUGUACAACAGAAUGAGCUCGUGUUUGAAUUUGCCAGCAACGUCAUGGAGGAUGAGCAACAGCUUGGUGAUCCAUCCAUUUUCCCUGCUGUCAUUGUGGAACAUAUUCCUAGUGCAGACCUCCUACACAAUUAUUCUGGCUUAGCUUGCGUUGAUGAAUCCAGUGACAUGAUUACUGAGAGUUCCCUGGAUGUUGCAGAAGAGCAAAUAAUAGAAGAUGAUGACAUCACCCUUACAGUUGAAGCAUCUUGUCAUAAUGGAGACGAAACCAUGGAAACUAUUGAAGCUGCUGAGGCACUUCUCAAUAUGGACUCCCCUGGUCCUAUGUUGGAUGAAAAAAGAAUAACAAAUAUGUUUGGUACAUCUGAAGAUGAAAUUAUUGUUGCUCCUGUUACUCAUGUAUCUGUCACACUUGAUGGGAUCCCUGAGGUUGUAGAGGUUCACCAAGUUCAAGACUCUUAUGUUGAAUCAUCAGACACUCCAGAACUUGAGCAGCCUAAGAAGAAGAAAGGCAGGGACACAAGAUGGAAUCCUUCAGCACCCCAUCUGACUGAGCCCUCAGGGCAGAAGAGCCUUCACCCAAAACAAUCUUAUAGGACUUCUUGCACAAAAGUAGCUGAGCUAUUCAAGAUGACUCCAUCUAACCCUGGGAAAAAGUCCAAAUCUUCUCGUCCUGAAUCCCCUACAACAACUCCAAACAUAUCAGUGAAAAAGAAAAACAAAGAUGGAAAGGGAAAUACAAUUUAUCUUUGGGAGUUUCUCUUAGCACUGCUCCAGGACAAAGCUACGUGUCCCAAAUAUAUCAAAUGGACUCAGAGAGAAAAGGGCAUUUUUAAACUGGUAGAUUCCAAGGCUGUGUCCAGAUUGUGGGGAAAGCACAAAAACAAACCUGAUAUGAAUUAUGAAACAAUGGGCAGAGCUCUCAGAUACUAUUACCAAAGAGGUAUACUGGCUAAAGUAGAAGGUCAGCGUUUGGUGUAUCAGUUUAAAGAAAUGCCGAAAGAUCUUAUCUACAUAGAUGAUGAGGAUCCGAGUCCCAGUACCGAGUCUUCAGAUUCCUCUUUAUUGUCAACAACUGUGACUAAUAGAAACCAAUCAGGCAGAUCUAGAGCAUCUUCUAACACAGGAACAAGAGGAGGAUCCACCACAGUUCUAAAAACAACAGGGAACUCUAAGUCUACUAAACUUAAGGACCCCGUGGAAGUUGUACAACAGCAGAUACCUGGUUUUACAACUGAUGUUUUGAGGACAAUGCAAUCUGCACAGCCAAUACAUCCAACUCAGCUUUUUCGGACAGUUCAUGUAAUGCAGCCAGUGCAAUCCAUCGCAGAAGGACAUGCAACUGUAGCUAGUAACAUGCAGGAUGAAACAUUACAUUCCUCUGUUCAGAAUAUAAGGACUUUACAGACCCCAGCCCAAGUUCCAGUGGUUGUUUCACCUGGAAACCAGCAGUUGCAUACUGUAACACUCCAGACAGUGCCUCUUACAACAGUGAUAGCCAGCACAGAUCCAGCAUCAGCAACAACAUCCCAAAAAUUUAUUCUCCAAGCCAUUCCUACUUCGCAGCCAAUGACAGUACUUAAAGAAAAUGUCAUGCUGCAGUCUCAGAAGCCAGUCUCCUCUUCUUCAUCUAUUGUCUUUAGCCCAGCCCAAGUUCAACAGGUUCUCACCAGCAAUGUGCAGACCAUUUGUAAUGGAACAGUCAACAUGGCUUCAUCUUCAUCCUUCAGUGCUACUACUCCUGUGGUAACUUUUUCACCGAGCAGUUCACAGAUGGUUGCUCAUCCAUCUGGCACAGUGAUCACUUCAGUUAUCAAAGCACCAGAAACUAAACAGACUGUUAUACAAGAAAUGAUGAAAGAGGAGGUAGAAGAGGACACAACAGAUGAUACUGAGCAGUCAGAGCAGAGGUUCCAGCAGCAGCCUUUUGUGAUGGUGGUAUCCAAUUCAAAUGGAUUUCCAUCUAACAUGCAAGUGAAACAGGAAAGUGAACAGUUGGAAUCCAAUUUAUAUUAAUAAACAAAAAAAUCCCUGUGGAUGAUUAUUUUCAUAAAUGUGAUGGGACCUUUACAGUUGUGUGUAUAUAUAUGAUUUGAUUCUGAAGCAGAUGUUACAAAGCUACUUAAUUUCUACAGUUAAUUGUUAGAAGUCAUGCAUUAGAAUGAGUUUUGAUUUUCUGUUAAUUGCUAAAUGUUAUAAAAAUAUAAAAUUAUGUAGUGCUCAUUUUUCAAAACACAAGCAUGAAGGAACAUGCAUUUUAUACUAUGAAGACUUUGCUGAUUUUUUUGUCAAAAGUUCCAAAUUUCUUACAUAUUAUGCAUUUUCAGUUUUGCUAAUUUACAUUGCAAUACCAUAUUAUAACAUUUUCUAUUUAAUCUGUAAAUGUGUCAUUUAACUUUUAAAACAACCGUUACUUUCUACAGAACAGCAUUUUCAUUCCAUGUGUGUGAAUCUUACCAAGUUUACCAAAUACUUAUUGCAUACCAAUGAACUAUGUCAGAUUUUACUUUGAAUAAUGGAUAGUGGCAACCAAGCUUCCUCUUGUUGCAUUUUUGCAGCACAGUCGUUUGGGUGUGCAAAAUAAAAAUACACUCCCAUUAAGAGAAUACAUAAAGCAUUUACAUAUACCAAUAAUGGACAAUGCCAGAUCUAUAUGUGUUUAUAUACACACAUCAAAUAUACUUAAUUACAGAAACUAGUGGCAUUGCUACGGGUGCAAUUAUUUCAUACUAUUUUGUGGCUAUGAAGUUAAACAAUCUUGCUUUCUAUUUCAGAUUAUUUUGUAUGGGGGAAAAGUGAAAUGUAUACAAUUUAUGCAAGUGUGGUGAGAUAAAUACUUUUGAGACUCUUUUUCAAUUGUAAAUAAUGUACAUUUAAUUUCACAAAAAAGUUUUUCAGCUAAUUUGUUUCCAUAGAGCAAUUUUUGAUAGAUACAAAUAAGAUCACUAUGUUUAGAGAUCUAAUGUUAUAUGUAUUCAUAUUACAGAGUGAAUUUGUAUUUAAAGACAAAUUUUUAAAUGAUGGAACCCUACUGAACCUGGGUUCUUUGUCUUUUGUAUUUUUAAUUGGUUUAUUAUGAAAAUAAAUCAAGUGGAAAUUUU